GUCGGCCACAUCCGUCAGCGACCUGCCUCGUGAAACAGCUCUGACACCGUCCUCCUCAGCGCCCUCGACGUCCCCCUCGACUCCGGCCUAAUUCUCCAUCCUCGGCCUCCUUCUCAACUCCAGUCCUAACUCCAGAUACUCUUCCUUAGCCUCGUCCUCUAUCUCCUCCUCGUCCUCCUCCUCGUCCUCCUCCUCCUCCUCGUCUCCUCCUCCUCGUCCUCCUCCUCCUCGUCCUCGUCCUCGUCCUCCUCCUCCUCCUCAUCCUCCUCUUCCUUCUCCUCCUCCUCCUUUUCCUCCUCCUCCUUCCUCUCUCCUCCUCCUCCUCCUCCUCCUCCUCCUCCUCCUCCUCCUCCUCCUCCUCCAUUUCCCCUUCGACCAUGACGUCUGCCAUCUACGGCCCUCCUCUCCACUACCACCUUAUGCCCUACUUCUUCAACGCAGGAACUCCCCCCUACGUCGAGAAGAGGGGCGCCCAGGUACCCGAAGGAGACCACCUGAGGCUGUCCGUCCUGGCCAACCAGCUGGCCAUCACUCAGCUGAACCAGGUGGUGACGCAGCUCCUCAAGAUUGGCGAAGAAGGCGGCGCUGCAGAUCAGCCUCCGAGGAUGACCUCAGAAAUGCUCGAGUUUCAGCAGAAGCUCCUCGAUAAUGUAAUUAAAGGUUUUUCGGCGCUGGACAAAACGUUGAGGGAUCUUGACUCUUCGAGGAAGCAGGGGGAAGAAAGUGCCAUGUUGGAUGCCCUGCAGAAUUCAGUGGCUUCGCAAAAGACGUUCCUAGAAGACUUUGGCGAAGGUCUCCUCGGCAACGUCUCUGCCUUUGGCCACGCCGUUUCGGAACUGAUGCCGCCUUACGAGGGUCGAAUUUCUAGCCUCGAGAAGCAGCUGUCUGAACUUAGCUCGCUCGUCAUGGGGGCGAGGGCUGACCUUUUCAACAUGUCGUUAUUAAUGCAGGAGAACUUUGAUAAUCUGACCAGGGAAGAGCCCCCGCCCCCCGCCCCCCGCCCGUGCCCCGCCCACUACUUCGACCUCGAGGGCGAGUGCUUCUUCGCCAGCGCCGAGGGCGAGGAGCUGAACUGGAACCAGGCGAGGAAGACCUGUCGCCUCACGGACGGAGACCUGGCCGAGCCUCAGCAGGUCCUGCGCCUCAUCCUCGCGCUCGGGAACAGCACCAACGGCACGGGCGACGUCUUCUGGGCGGGCGGCCACAGGGAGCAGCAGCCUCUGAGCGGAGGCGCCGGCCGAAGCGACGCCGAAGAAGGUGACGGCGCGACGGGGAGCCUCGACGGGUGGCGCUGGCUCUCCGGCGCUCCCGUCGGACACGGCUGGCUCCUGGGCAGGCCCUCUUUCGACGCGACGAGGGCCUGCUUGGGCGUCUCCAGCGAGGGCCUCAGUAACGAGAACUGUAAUAGCAACAGGAGGUUCGUGUGCGAGCUGAAUAUGGAUGGGUGAGGGGGCAGGAAGCUGGGGGGGGGGGGGAACCUUUCUCAAUUAGUUAGUUUUGUCUUUGAAAAAUAUUACUUUUUUGUGUUUGCUUAUGUUGUAUUUGUUGAUUCUAUUUUCAUAUAUUUAUUUAUUUUUAAUUUAUCUGUUUAUUUAUUUAUAUAUUUUUUGGCUUAUUUAUUUUUAUUUUUUUAUUUUUUUUAUUUAUCUAUUUGUUUUCUGAGGGGCGGGGUGGGCGAUUCUAAACGUUAGCUAGGUCUCCUGUUAUUGUAUUUAUUAGUUUUUAUUUUUACUAUUCUUUUAAGCCUUUACAUAUCUCUUCUAUUUUAUUCAUUAGCUUUAUUUUGAUGUUUAAUGUAUUCAGAUGUCUCGUACUUUAUUUUUGUAUGACAUCCUCUGAAAUUCUAUUUUAUUUCUAGUCUUAUUAAUUUCUGCAGCCAAUAAGAGCAA